AGUCUUCUACAGGUGUACCGGCUCCUCCCCUUCAGUCUUGCACAGGUGUACCGGCUCCUCCCCUUCAGUCUUGCACAGGUAUACCGGCUCCUCCCCUUCAGUCUUGCACAGGUGUCCCAGCUCCUCCCCUUUAGUCUUGCACAGGUGUACCGGCUCCUCCUCUUCAGUCUUGCACAGGUGUACCGUCUCCUCCACUGCAGUCUUGCACAGGUGUACCGGCUCCUCCCCUUUAGUCUUGCACAGGUGUACCGGCUCCUCCCCUUCAGUCUUGCACAGGUGUACCUGCUCCUCCACUGCAGUCUUGCACAGGUGUACCUGCUCCUCCACUGCAGUGUUGCACAGGUGUACCGGCUCCUCCCCUUCAGUCUUGCACUGGUGUACUGGCUCCUCCCCUUCAGUCUUGCACAGGAGUACCGGCUCCUCCCCUUCAGUCUUGCACAGGUGUACCAGCUCCUCCCCUUCAGUCUUGCACAGGUGUACGGGCUCCUCCCCUGCAGUCUUGCACAGGUGUACCGGCUCCUCCCCUUCAGUCUUGCACAGGUGUACCGGCUCCUCCCCUCCAGUCUUGCACAGGUGUAUCGGAUCCUCUCC